AUAGCUCUCCCAAAACCCUCGAGAUUCGGUACUCUUUGGAGUCUUCGGAAGUUGAUUAAAGAGAGGUUGAAAAGAGAGAAGAUAUGGAGAAGAAGAUAAUUGAGUUGGAUCAAGGAUGGUCGGAGAUGAAGAUUGGUGUUUCGAAGCUGAUAAGGAUUCUAGAAGGAAAGCCUGAGCCAUCCUUUGAGUCUGAGCAAUACAUGAACCUUUACACAACUAUCUACAAUAUGUGCACCCAGAAACCUCCUUUCGAUUACUCUGAGCAGCUCUACGAAAGGUAUCGUGGAGUGUAUGAAGAUUAUAACAAGAAAACGGUGCUGCCCUGUUUAAGGGGCAAACAUGACGAAUACAUGCUGAGAGAGCUUUCUCAGAGAUGGGGUAUUAAUAAAGUUUUGGUUAGAUGGUUAUCACGCUUCUUCUUCUAUCUUAACCGUUACUUCAUUUCACGGAGAUCCCUUGUUCCUCUGACGGAUGUUGGCCUUAUAUCCUUCCGCGACCUGGUUUACCAGAAGGUGCAAUGCAAGGCCAGAGAAGCUGUUAUUGCACUCAUCAAUAAAGAACGCGAGGGAGGUCAGAUUGAUAGGGCACAGUUGAAGAACGUAUUAGAUAUCUACGUUGAGAGUGGAAUGGGAACUAUGGACAAAUAUGAAGAGGAUUUCGAGAAGUUUUUGCUCCAAGACACGACGUCUUACUAUUCUCGCAAGUCCGCACGCUGGAUCGACGAGGAUUCUUGCCCCGAAUACAUGAUAAAGUGUGAGGAGUGUCUCAAGAAGGAGAAGGAGAGAGUCAGUCACUACCUUCACUCGAGCACUGAGCCAAAACUAGUCAAGAUUGUGCAAGAUGAAUUGUUGGUAGUGGUUGCAAAACGGCUUCUAGAGAAAGAGAACUCUGGAUGCUCAGCAUUGCUUAGAGAUGACAGGAUGGAGGAUCUCUCGAGGAUGUACAGGCUUUACAAUGCGAUCCCGAAUGGCUUGGAACCUGUUGCAGAGGCGUUCAAGAGGCAUGUUACUUUAGAGGGGAAUGCACUUAUCAAACAAGCAGAAGACGCAGCAGCUACUGGUGGUAAUGGUGGUGGUGGUGGCUUGCAGGAACAGGUUCUUGUCAGAAGAAUCAUUGAGCUACACGAUAAAUCCAUGCUCUAUGUCUUCGAGUGUUUCCAGAACCACACACUCUUCCACAAGGCCCUGAAAGAGGCUUUCGAAAUCUUUUGUAACAAAAGAGUGGCUACAAGCUCCAGUGCCGAGUUACUUGCAACGUUCUGCGACAAUCUCUUCAAGAAGGGUGGAAUUGACAAGCUCAGUGAUGAAGCUAUCGAGAAUACGCUUGAUAAUGUUGUUAAGUUGCUUUCUUAUAUAAGUGACAAAGAUCUUUUCGCCGAGUUUUACAGGAAGAAGCUGGCCCGAAGGCUCUUAUUUGAUCGUAGUUCUAAUGACGAACACGAAAAAAGUUUACUUACAAAGCUCAAGCAACAACUCGGUGGGCAGUUUACUUCUAAGAUGGAGGGCAUGGUGACGGAUAUGACAUUGGCAAAAGAACAACAACAAAAAUUCGAGGAUUAUAUAAGCAGUGACAGUAUGGUAAACUUGGGGAUGGAUUUUACCGUCACUGUUCUCACCACUGGUUUUUGGCCAAGUUACAAAACAUCUGACCUCAAUUUACCCAGUGAAAUGGUCAAGUGUAUUGAAGUCUUUAAGGAAUACUAUGGAACGAAAACCAACCAUAGGAGACUUUUGUGGAUAUAUUCUCUGGGAACUUGUCAAGUUCUUGGAAGAUUCGAUCAAAAACCAAUCGACUUGAUCGUUUCUACCUAUCAGGCUGCCGUGUUAUUGCUUUUCAGCGACGCAGACACAAAAAGAUUAAAAUACAAGGAUAUCUUGGAACAACUUAACCUUAGCCAUGAAGAUCUUACGAGGCUGCUUCAUUCACUGUCAUGCGCCAAGUACAAGAUUCUUAAAAAGGAACCGGCCUCGAGAAACAUUUCUCAAUCCGAUGAAUUCGACUUCAACCCCAAGUUCACCGAUAAAAUGCGUAGAAUCAAGGUACCUCUUCCUCCUAUAGAUGAGCGGAAGAAAAUCGUUGAAGACGUUGAUAAAGAUAGACGCUUUGCGAUUGACGCAGCUCUUGUGCGCAUCAUGAAGAGCAGAAAAGUGUUGCCGCAUCAACAGUUAGUCUCUGAAUGUGUUGAACUUCUUAGCAAAAUGUUCAAGCCUGAUAUAAAGAUGAUAAAGAAACGAAUCGAAUAUUUGAUCACCAGAGAUUACUUGGCGAGGGAUACCGAAAACCCUAACACUUUCAAGUACGUGGCAUAAGUUCGUUUAAGAGCAAUAUAUAUAAAUAGAGAGAAGAAAGGGGGCAAAAAGGUGUUAUAGUUUUCGGUUCUUGUAAAGCUCUCUUUACCAUUUUUUUUUUCUC